UUGUCAUGUCAUUCGAUCCGUUGAGAUCCAUGUGUGGAAAGCUCGCCAUGGAAAGUCUGGAGCCCUUGCUCCUUUCCAUUGCUAUCAACCUGCAGGAUCCUAUAGGGCUACUGAGAGAGUUGCUGCCAAUGGUUCUGGCCAUUUUGGCCGCGCUGCUAGCGGCACGAUAUCUGCUGACAGGGGGCUCCAGCAAAUGCGAGGUGAAACGCUAUGUGCCUCACAGUGGGCACCCGGAGCUCAAACUUUGUGGUCCAGAAGUGCCGACCCUCACCUUUUUCGGAGAUCAAUUUCAGAGGUUUCACGACGAGGUGAAGCGGAUCUAUGCCGUAGAUCAUAACAAGCCGCCCUUUGGCACGGGAAGGCCUGAUGACGACUGUGCCUUCGUACCGCCCUGCGACAUUAAGGAGAGCAUCAGGCAGAUGCGAGCUGCUUGUGCCGACCUUCAGGAAGGCGCCAGUGGCAGCUGGCGCUUGCACGAGCCGUUGGAUGAUCUCCUCUACGCGCGGAACCUGCUGGCGGUGGACUUCCACCACGCACGGGCCGUGCAGCUGGUGAGGAACUACGUGGCCUAUCGGCACCAGCAUCGGGGAGGCAUUUUUCCGGACUACGCGUGGUUGAAACUGGGCAUUGCUGUCCUUCCCUUUGAGGACGUGAUGGGCCGCCCAGUGAUGAUAGCGCGUGCCAAGCAUUUUGAUUCGCAGACAUCGGCUGAGACCUUCCGCUGCUUUUACCGUGGAAUGGUGGAUAGCAUCAUCGCCCACUUUCUGCUGAAACGCCGACCGGAGCUGGAUGGCCGGAAUCCCUUGGAGCAAUAUGCGGCUUGGGUUGGCACUGCAGCACGGAAAGGGUUGGCAGAAAUCCCGCACCAGGCGGGUAUACAAGCGUGUCUACUAAUAGUGACCCAGUUUUAUACGCACUUAAUCCACGCUCUCAAUAUGAAAUACUGCAAAUAUUGGGACUAUAACGGGAGAAACCAUCUACCAACUGGUGCGGAAUUUAUUCCAUACAGUAUCUAG